AUGAUCCAAAAGCUGAUUGACGCUGGUGACCUCAAGAAGUAUGUUCAUAAGGCAGAAAUCGAUGACAAUGCAAAACGAAGCAAGCAAGUCCAACUACCUGAGGGUAACCGAACACUCAAUACCAUUUCAUGCUCCGAAUCCAACGGACCCUCUAUGACUGCCCAGGCAGGAAAAAGAUUCAGAAAACAAUGCGAGGACUACUGCGAGCUGUACAAGAUCGACGAGGUCGGAGUUGAUGAGCACGAAAAAUGGAUGAACGCACCAAUGACAUUCGACGCUGAAGAUAUCGAAGAAGACAUGGAGGACCACAAUGAUCCUCUAGUUCUCACUUUACCAGUAGCAGGAUGUAACGUCAAAAAGAUCCUGAUUGACGGUGGGAGUUCAGUCAACGUUCUGUUUUAUGACAUGUUCAAACGAAUGGAACUGAAUGAUGGGCAACUGAUGUCUUCUUAUUAUACCAUUUAUGGAUUCAACGGCCCCCUAACGAAGCCCCUGGGAGACAUCGUGUUAGAAGUAAAGGCAGGACAAAUGAAGAUCGAAACCCGGUUCAGUGUGGUCGAUGCUCCUUCUCCCUACAAUGCCAUCAUCGGUCGAAGAUGGGUACACAAACUCAAAGGAGUAGCAACAACGUAUCACCAAUACCUUAGAUUCCCAACGCCCGAAGGGGUAAUGGAAAUUAAAGGAGAUCAGGUUACAGCCCGAGAAUGUCAAGCUCUGCAAAACCAACUCAAUAAUGAACAAGAUGAGCAACGGAAGUCCCGGAGAAACAAAACAAAGCGGCCGCCAAGGACAAGGCAAUUGACCUUUAUCUCGAAUAAAUCUCAGGAAAAAACUUGA